AUGAAUCCGGCCACUUAUGCGUCCGACGCCUACUUAUACAUCCAUCACUUUUCGACUCGGCCCUCGGCGGCCACGCCUCUCGCGGUUCUCGACACCUCGUUAUUUUUGCCUUUCCUUCAGCAUAUCUCCUUUUUCUUCGCCUUUUCUUUCUUAACCAGCCCUUGUGCACAUUAGGAAGUAGGGUCCAAGAGGCCGUCCCUAUCUUGGAAGUUCCACGCAAAUUGUUUGAAGCGCCGGAAGACAAAAUGUCAGCUUAACGAGUUCCAAGUGUUAGUUAGUCGAAUUCAUUUCUGCUGUUUUUAGAAGAGUAUAAAGUUAAAGGCUUACGAAUUAGAAUCACUCUUUUUCAAAAAUUUUUCCGUUAGAAUUUUUAAGUCUUAUGUGCAAAUACUUUUUUUCACUAUGUGCUAAUUUCUCUGUUCAGUUAGUGUAAUAGAAAGUAAUUAGGUACUUCUUGAAAGUACUCAGGAGACUUUUUCUACCUCUGAUUGGACUUUUUCGAAAGUGCGUUGCUCACUGUGAAUUCGGCGCUAGAAGUCUUCGAGGAUAACUUUAUUUGGGGCUCUGCAGACCUCAUGAAUAGGAAAAAACGCAUCGGGGGUUUGCAAAAUCUUUUCUCUCAUAGAUUUUCGAAUGAUGGUGGUUGGGACAGAUAAAUGCUUGUUAGUGAAUCUCCAAAUGUGUCGAGGAGUGGAGCAUUGAGGUGGAAGACUCACGUGGGCGUUCCUUUUUCGGCUGGUCCUCUCGUCCGUCGAGCGGAGUUUUUUCCUGCUGGGGAAGCCCUGUCCUUCUUUUUAUGGCUUCUUAUUCUUUCCAUCGUGGAUGAUUAG